UCAGUCCUAUGGCGCUGAUGCUUUGGGCAUAGCUUCGGAUGCCAGCCACCCUGCCAUAAAACUUCUUUCCUUGUUUGUAGUGAUCAAGUGGUGACAGUCCAGUGUCAGCUACAGCUAGGUUCUUGGCCGAAAGGGUUGAACUACUGAUGGGCUUCACAGGCAUCAUUGGUUGAGCAUAGUCACAUGUCCAGAGGUGACUAGAAUAGUUUGCCCCUUGGAUCCUGGCAGACAACCAUGUUCCACAUGAUGCUAUCAAAAGUCAACAUAUCUGGGGGGAACGUUUUUGGACCCAGCUGUAUUUUCCUUUUGGGAGAGGAAAAUUAAUAUCACACAAAUGAGGAACAGUAUAAGCUGAGGUUGGAGAGCAUCAAGUUUGCUUUGAAAGGGCCUGUGUUAAAAGUUGAUGCUGUACACAGAGAUAACAGGGGGAGUGUGCAGUGACUGUCUCCAGCUCUGUGGUAGUUCCAGUUCCUUUGUUUGUGAUUCUGAAGAACAAGGUGGAUUAAGAGAAACAGACUAAAUGGAUCUUAAGACAGCAGUAUUCAAUGCAGCUCGUGAUGGCAAGCUGCGGCUUCUCACCAAGUUGCUGGCAAAUAAAACUAAAGAAGAGGUGGCCUUGUUGAUGUCAGAAAAAACAAAUGGUGCCACACCCUUACUAAUGGCAGCUCGCUAUGGGCAUCUCGAUAUGGUGGAACAUCUACUGGAACACUGCAGCGCCUCUAUAGAAGUUGGUGGGUCUGUGAAUUUUGAUGGUGAGACCAUUGAAGGUGCACCACCAUUAUGGGCAGCAUCAGCAGCUGGCCAUUUGAAGGUGGUCCAGUCCUUAUUGAAUCAUGGAGCUUCUGUCAACAAUACAACUUUGACAAACUCAACACCUCUUAGAGCUGCCUGUUUUGAUGGUCACCUAGAAAUUGUAAAGUACCUUGUGGAGCACAAAGCUGACUUGGAAGUUUCAAACCGUCAUGGACAUACGUGCCUUAUGAUAUCUUGUUACAAAGGACACAAAGAAAUUGCUCAGUAUUUGCUUGAGAAAGGGGCUGAUGUAAAUAGAAAAAGUGUAAAAGGAAACACAGCAUUGCAUGACUGUGCAGAAUCUGGUAGCUUGGAAAUCAUGAAGAUGCUUCUCAAAUAUAGUGCAAAGAUGGAAAAAGAUGGUUAUGGAAUGACUCCUCUUCUCUCUGCAAGUGUUACAGGCCACACAAAUAUUGUUGACUUUUUGACCCAGCAUGUUGAAACAAGCAAAGCAGAACGCAUCAAUGCACUGGAACUCCUUGGAGCUACAUUUGUGGACAAAAAGAGAGAUUUGCUUGGCGCUUUGAAAUACUGGAAAAGAGCUAUGGAUAUGAGGUACAGUGAUAGGACUAAUAUCCUCAGCAAGCCUGCACCUCAAAUGUUAAUAAUGGCCUAUGAUUAUGCCAAGGAGGUAAACACUACUGAAGAGUUGGAGAACCUGAUCGCAGACCCUGAUGAGAUGAGAAUGCAGGCACUGUUAAUUAGAGAACGUAUUCUUGGCCCUUCUCACCCAGAUACGUCCUACUAUAUUCGGUACAGAGGUGCUGUUUACGCUGACUCUGGAAACUUCAAACGAUGCAUCAAUCUGUGGAAGUAUGCUUUAGAUAUGCAGCAGAACAAUUUGGACCCUUUGAGCCCUAUGACUGCAAGCAGCCUGCUAUCCUUUGCUGAACUAUUCUCCUUCAUGCUGCAGGACAGGGCAAAAGGCCUGUUAGGCACAACAGUCACAUUUGAUGAUCUUAUGGGCAUACUGUGCAAAAGUGUCCUCGAAAUAGAACGUGCUAUCAAGCAAACUCAGUGUCCUCCUGAUCAAAUACAGCUCAACAAAGCCCUUUCCAUCAUUUUGCAUUUAAUUUGUUUGUUGGAAAAAGUUCCUUGUAGUCCUGAGCAAGAUCAUUUUAAGAAACAGACUAUAUAUCAAUUUCUUAAGCUUCAUCCUAAAGGAAAGAAUAACUUUAGCCCACUCCACCUUGCUGUCGACAAGAAUACCACGUGUGUGGGGCGCUACCCAGUUUGUAAAUUUCCUUCUUUGCAAGUCACUGCUAUAUUAGUGGAAUGUGGUGCUGAUGUAAAUGCUAGAGACUCUGAUGACAACAGCCCUUUACACAUAUCUGCACUGAACAACCAUCCUGAUAUCAUGAAUCUUCUUAUCAAGUCAGGUUCACACUUUGAUGCAACAAACUUGCAUAAACAAACUGCUAUUGACUUGCUUGAUGAGAAGGAAAUGGCAAAAAACUUGAUCCAGCCCAUCAACCAUACUACACUGCAGUGUCUUGCUGCCCGUGUAAUUGUGAAUCACUGUAUAGGUUACCAAGGGCACAUCCCAGAGAAACUUGAGAACUUUGUUUUGCUCCAUAGAUGAUAGUCUGACAAUAGGUCCUUGGUACUGUGGGAGCAUGAGUUAGUAACGUUAACUGUUGCUUUCUCAAGUACUGUUGUGAUACGCCAGCGAUACACCAUCAUUCAUUCAGUUUGGUCCAUCCUACUCAUUGGCUAAAGCAUUAUUAGAAUCUGAUCUGCAGAAUUGGCUACCCAGUAUUUAAAACAAACAUACCAUAUAAUAUAGUUUGUGGAUUAUUUAGAAAUGUAACACUAUAUUCAGACUCACUAAAAAUUGUCUGCCAAAGGCUUGUCUAUUCUGAUUUAGUUUGCCUGUUGGUUGUUUGGGACUGAAUUGAAUAAUUUUUGUGGUGUUGUCUUUAUUCUUACUGGUGUGUGGAUUUUAUAUAGUUGGGAAGUCAUCUUUUUGUUCUUGCUUGAGCAUUUCUACUUUUUUCUUUUUUUCUAAUGGGUUCAUUGCUGAACAAUACAAGUUGUAUGAACUUGUUAACAUUUGCAAUUACCAUAAGUGCUUUUAUCCUCUCUAUGCACUGGCUUGAACAUGACUGUUUGUGUGUUGGCAUAUUUCUAUGCAUCAGUUGGCCAUUUUUAGCUCUGAUACUGUUUUCUUGCAGUUUGUUAGAGCUCUUUUGAGAAUACACCCUCUGCAAAUUCUUAAGGACAUCAGUCAGCUGUCCAAAUGCUCAUUUGACUUUUCACCUUUUAGCUGUUUCUGCGAUUGCUUUCUAUUGAUUUAUUUUUAGAGUUGCGUGCUGAAUUUGGGAGUAAAAUGUGUUCUUGUUGGCAAAUCCACUUUAAAUUAAGUCUAAAGUUAUUUUACUAUGUCUUGCUGAAAGUGGAGAAAGGUAAUGAAUCGCUGUCUUCUCCUCUGCACUAGUGUCUUGCUUGAGCUGAUUGUGUGACUAGGCAUAGAGAGUUUUUUCAAAUUUAACCUGAAACUUAAUCAUACAAUUCUGUGAGAAGAACUAGAUCAAACAUAGUCUGAAAUUACAACUCAAGAUUCUUAGCUACAAAAGAAACUAAAGCAUGUUGGCAUGAUGCUUGUCAGUCCAGAACUAGCCAUCGACUAAUAUAAUACUCUGUAAUUGAUAGCCCUCUGCAAGGGCAUCAGAAGUUUAGUAGUAUCCUCUCUUCUUCAUUUUAAAAUAACUUACAGAAAAUUUGCAUGCAUUUUAUUCUCUAACACCUUUCAGCCAUAUUUAUGGUAACAUCAGAGGCUGUGCUAAGAACAUAGCCUACACUGAAAGCUGUCUAUUUUUAUAAUACUUGCACAACAGCUUAGCUAUUGCAGCAGAAAGGGCUUUUUAGACUUGAUGAGGAAACCAUAAGUGAAGACUACAAAUGAGAUUAAGAUUCAGGUAAUUAAUAUAAUUCAGCACUUUAUUGUUGAUUCAUAAUGAACUUAUUAUGGCAUAUAAGACCUGCAAAUGUCUUAAAAUAAAAUGGUUCUCAAGAAAAACAACAACUCAUUUUUCCUUGAGUGGAAAAUAGCUGGUUCUACAGCCCAGUAUAUUGUAUCUUUUGCAGUGCCAUUAACUGAAUAUCUUCGUUUAUGAUACUACCUAAUGCCUUUUCCAUUCAGAGAUGCAACCCAGAGGUUACUAUGAUAAUACAGGAGAAAUUCAGAACCAAGUCAGUAGUUCAAAGCUGGUAUGAAUCUGAAAUUCAAGAUUAAAAAAACCCUGCAACA